AUGAAGGUCACCGCCCUCCUCACUCUCGUGCCCCUAACCUCCGCCAAAAUCCUCUGGGACGGCCGCUUCAACGACCUCAACACCUCGUCCGACCUCAACAAGUGGUCCUGGUCCAACCAAGUCGGGCCCUACCAGUACUACAUCCACGGGUCCGGCGACGUGACCAAAUACGUGAACCUCUCGCCGUCCUACAAGAACCCGGCCGACACGGCGUCGAAGCAAGGCGUCAAGAUCACGCUCGACAGCACGGCCUACUGGAACGGGCAGAACAUGCGGCGCACCGAGCUCAUCCCGCAGACUAAAGCCGCCAUCAACUCGGGUAAGGUGUGGUACCACUUCAGCAUCUCGCGCAAGGACACCAACGCGCCGAGCAUCUUCCGCGAGCACCAGAUUGCGUUUUUCGAGAGCCACUUCACCGAGCUCAAGAGCGGGUGGAUCAGUGGCGAGUCGGCGACGAAUAACACGAACCUGCAGUUCAUGGUGCAGCAGAAGAGUUUGUGGAAGACGGAGUGGAAGCCGGAUGUGUGGCACAAUGUCGCCUACGAGAUUAACUUCUCCAGCGGAAGCGUCGGCUUCUGGCACUCUGAGGGCAGUGCCCCUCUGCAGCAGGUCGUGGCUCCCGUCUCGGCCUCGACGUCGUCCAACGGCGCGGACUGGCAUCUGGGCGUUCUCGAGCUUCCCCGUGAUGGAUACGCCGACACCAAUGAAGAUUUCUACUUCUCUGGCGUCUAUGUGGAGGACACCGCUAUCACGACCUCUGUCACUGGACCUGGUGAGUCUACAGUGUGA